GCGGCGGGGGCGGUGCGGUCGCGGCUGGCGGCAGAAGCUGCCCAGGCAGGGCAGGGCAGGACCGAGCAGAGCGGCCGAAGCCAGGCUGGGGUCCUGGGUUCUAGUCGCAGCCGGGGCGGGAGUCGCAGCGGAGCAGCCGGCGCGGCCGAGGUCUGUCUGCAGAUUCCGAGCAUCUGAGGUGGAUCCCUGAAGUCAAGUGUCUGCUGCCGUCCUCUCACCCUCUGCAGAAAUGUCUGUCACAUAUGACGAUUCCGUGGGCGUGGAAGUAUCCAGUGACAGCUUCUGGGAGGUUGGGAACUAUAAGCGGACCGUGAAGCGGAUUGAGGAUGGCUACCGCCUCUGCGGCGACCUCAUGAACUGCUUACACGAGCGUGCCCGCAUCGAGAAGGCGUAUGCACAGCAGCUCACUGAGUGGGCCCGGCGCUGGAGGCAGCUCGUGGAGAAGGGACCACAGUAUGGGACCGUGGAGAAAGCCUGGACGGCCGUCAUGUCUGAAGCAGAAAGAGUGAGUGAGCUGCACCUAGAAGUGAAGUCGGCGCUCAUGAAUGAGGACUUUGAGAAGAUCAAGAACUGGCAGAAGGACGCCUUCCACAAGCAGAUGAUGGGAGGCUUCAAGGAGACCAAGGAAGCGGAAGACGGCUUCAGGAAGGCCCAGAAGCCCUGGGCCAAGAAGCUGAAAGAGGUAGAAGCAGCAAAGAAAGCCCAUCACACAGCGUGCAAAGAAGAGAAGUUGGCCAUUUCCCGGGAAGCCAACAGCAAAGCAGAUCCGUCCCUCAACCCUGAACAGCUGAAGAAAUUACAAGACAAAAUAGAAAAGUGCAAGCAGGAUGUUCUGAAGAGCAGAGAGAAGUACGAGAAAGCCCUGAAGGAGCUUGACCAGACCACGCCCCAGUACAUGGAGAACAUGGAGCAGGUGUUCGAGCAGUGCCAGCAGUUUGAGGAGAAGCGCCUGCGCUUCUUCCGGGAGGUUCUGCUGGAGGUUCAGAAGCACCUGGACCUGUCCAACGUGACCGCCUACAAAACCAUUUAUCGAGAGCUAGAGCAGAGCAUCAAAGCAGCCGAUGCGGUGGAGGACCUGAGGUGGUUCCGAGCCAACCACGGGCCUGGCAUGGCCAUGAACUGGCCACAGUUUGAGGAUGAAGAGUGGUCUGCAGACCUGAAUCGAACUCUGAGCCGAAGAGAGAAGAAGAAAGCCACUGAUGGUGUCACCCUAACAGGCAUCAACCAGACAGGUGACCAGUCUGGGCAGAAUAAGCAUGGCAGCAGUCUUAGUGUCCCGAGCAACCCCGCCCAGUCCGCGCAGUUGCAGUCCAGCUACAACCCCUUCGAGGAUGAGGACGACACAGGCAGCACCGUCAGUGAGAAGGAGGACAUUAAGGCCAAAAAUGUGAGCAGCUAUGAGAAGACUCAGAACUACCCCACUGACUGGUCUGACGAUGAGUCUAACAACCCUUUCUCCUCCACGGAUGCCAAUGGGGACUCUAAUCCAUUUGACGAGGACACUACCUCAGGAACAGAAGUACGAGUCCGGGCCCUUUAUGACUACGAGGGACAGGAACAUGAUGAGUUGAGCUUCAAGGCUGGUGAUGAGCUGACCAAGAUAGAGGAUGAAGACGAGCAGGGCUGGUGCAAGGGACGCUUGGACAGCGGGCAGGUUGGCCUGUACCCUGCCAACUAUGUUGAGGCCAUCCAGUGAUGGGCCAGGGACAGGCUGGCGGAGAGCUGGAAGUGGGCAGUCUAGGAGCUCCGUUAGCCUCAGCCCAGGCAGCAACACCUCUAGUGCCCCCAGCAGCCGUGUAGGCAUCCACUCCACCUGCAAAAGAUGAUGAUGGUUCCAUGGCUCUUGGCUUCCUGGUAUGCUUUGAAGGCAGAUGAGCUGGUCAUUACACUGGGGACUUCGUCCCUUUCCAAGUGCAUCUGGGCAGAUCUAGGCACAGGAGGACAUGGCCGAAAGCAGGAGCCGGACCCUCCCCACGCCCACUAGCUCUACAUCAUGGAUCUCUAUCUUGACCUUGUCUCUCCCAAGUCAAUGGUGGGUUACACUGAUUCUCAUUCCACUGAUUUUUCUGUAAUGAGUCCCUUCAAGCUAAACAAGCCAACGUACAUGCUAUUUUCUGAGUAAAAAGUUUUGAGGUAUUAAUUUAAAGUCA